CAACAUGGCUUCCCCUCCCCACCAGCAGCUGCUGCAGCACCACAGCACCGAGGUGAGUUGCGACUCCAGCGGAGACAGCAACAGCGUGAGAGUCAAGAUCAACCCCAAGCAGCUGUCCUCCAACAGCCACCCCAAGCACUGCAAGUACAGUAUCUCCUCCAGCUGCAGCAGUUCGGGGGACUCCGGGGGCGUUCCCCGGAGAGUGGUCGGCGGAGGCCGCCUGCGCAGGCAGAAGAAGCUGCCGCAGCUGUUCGAGAGGGCCUCCAGCCGCUGGUGGGACCCCAAGUUCGACUCGGUAAACCUGGAGGAGGCCUGUCUGGAGCGCUGCUUCCCGCAGACCCAGCGCCGGUUCCGCUACGCGCUCUUCUACAUCGGCUUCGCCUGCCUCCUCUGGAGCAUCUAUUUUGCUGUGCACAUGAGAUCCAAGCUGAUUGUCAUGGUCGCCCCCGCCCUGUGCUUCCUCCUAGUGUGUGGGGGCUUUUUUCUGUUUACCUUUACCAAGCUGUACGCCCGGCAUUACGCGUGGACCUCGCUGGCUCUCACCCUGCUGGUGUUCGCCCUGACCCUGGCUGCGCAGUUUCAGGUUUUGACGCCUUUCUCAGGACGCGUUGACAGCUCCAAUCAGACUCCCGCAGCCAGGCCCACAGACACUUGCUUAUCUCAAGUGGGGAGCUUUUCCAUGUGCAUCGAAGUGCUCUUUUUGCUUUACACCGUCAUGCACUUACCUUUGUACUUGAGCUUAUGUUUGGGGGUGGCCUAUUCUGUUCUUUUUGAGACCUUUGGCUAUCACUUCCGGGACGAAGACUGCUUCCCCUCUCCUGGAGACGGCGCCCUGCACUGGGAGCUGCUGAGCAGGGCCCUGCUCCACGUCUGCAUUCACGCCAUCGGGAUCCACCUCUUCAUCAUGUCUCAGGUGAGGUCCAGGAGCACCUUCCUCAAGGUGGGGCAGUCAAUUAUGCACGGAAAAGACCUGGAAGUAGAAAAAGCCCUCAAAGAGAGGAUGAUUCAUUCUGUGAUGCCGAGAAUCAUCGCUGAUGACUUAAUGAAACAGGGGGAUGAAGAGAGCGAGAAUUCUGUCAAGAGGCAUGCCACCUCGAGCCCCAAGAGCAGGAAGAAAAAGUCAUCCAUACAGAAAGCUCCCAUAGCAUUCCGCCCCUUUAAGAUGCAGCAGAUCGAAGAAGUCAGUAUCUUAUUUGCAGACAUCGUGGGCUUCACCAAGAUGAGUGCCAACAAGUCCGCUCAUGCCCUGGUGGGUCUCCUGAACGAUCUGUUUGGUCGCUUUGACCGGCUGUGCGAGGAGACCAAGUGUGAGAAAAUCAGCACUCUGGGAGACUGUUACUACUGUGUGGCAGGGUGUCCUGAGCCCCGAGCAGACCAUGCCUACUGCUGCAUUGAAAUGGGCUUGGGCAUGAUAAAAGCCAUCGAGCAGUUCUGCCAGGAGAAGAAAGAAAUGGUGAACAUGCGUGUCGGGGUGCACACGGGGACUGUUUUGUGUGGUAUUUUGGGCAUGAGGAGGUUUAAAUUCGACGUGUGGUCCAAUGAUGUGAACUUGGCCAAUCUCAUGGAGCAGCUGGGAGUGGCCGGCAAAGUUCACAUUUCUGAGGCUACUGCAAAAUAUUUAGAUGACCGGUACGAAAUGGAAGAUGGGAAAGUCAUUGAGCGCCUUGGCCAGAGCAUGGUUGCUGACCAGUUGAAAGGUUUGAAGACAUACCUGAUAUCGGGUCAGAGAGCCAAGGAGUCUCCCUGCAGCUGUGCAGAGGCCUUGCUUUCUGGCUUCGAGGCCAUUGACGGCUCACGGGUGUCCUCAGGCCCUAGGGGACAGGGGACAGCAUCAGCAGGGAGCGUCAGUGACUUGGCGCAGACUGUCAAAACCUUUGAUAACCUUAAGACCUGCUUUUCAUGUGGAAUCACAUUUGCUCCCAAAUCUGAAGAUGGUGCAGAGGGAGGAGCUGUCCAAAACGGCUGUCAAGAUGAGCAUAGAAGUAGCACCAAGGCUUCUGGAGGACCUAAUUCCAAAACUCAAAAUGGACUUCUGAGCCCUCCCAAAGAGGAGAAGCUCACCAACAGUCAGACCUCUCUGUGUGAGAUCUUACAGGAAAAGGGAAGGUGGGCCGGGGUGAGCUUGGACCAGUCGGCCCUCCUGCCGCUGAGAUUCAAAAACAUCCGGGAGAAAACAGAUGCUCACUUUGUGGACGUCAUCAAAGAAGACAGCCUGAUGAAAGAUUAUUUUUUUAAGCCGCCCAUUAAUCAGUUCAGCCUGAACUUCCUGGAUCAGGAGCUGGAGCGAUCCUACAGGGUCAGCUAUCAAGAAGAGGUCAUAAAGAAUUCCCCCGUGAAGACUUUCGCCAGUGCCACCUUCAGCUCCCUGCUGGAUGUGUUUCUGUCGACAACCGUGUUUCUCAUCCUCUCCGUCACCUGCUUCCUGAGGUAUGGGGCCGCCGCCAUGCCUCCCCCACCCGCUGCCUUGGCGGUCCUCGGCGCGGCCCUGCUGCUGGAGGUGCUGUCUCUCGUGGUGUCCGUCAGGAUGGUGUUUUUCCUGGAGGACGUCAUGGCCUGCACAAAGCACCUGCUGGAGUGGAUUGCCGGCUGGCUCCCACGCCACUGCAUCGGGGCCAUCCUGGUGUCACUCCCUGCUCUCGCUGUCUACUCCCAUGUCACCUCCGAAUUUGAGACAAAUAUCCAUUUCUCCAUGUUCACGGGCUCGGCCGUGCUGGUGGCCAUUGUGCACUACUGUAACUUCUGCCAGCUCAGCUCCUGGAUGAGGUCCUCACUCGCCACCGUUUUGGGGGCCGGGCCGCUGCUGCUGCUCUACAUCUCCCUGUGCCCAGAAAGUUCCAUAGUGAUUUCACCCCUCGAUGCAGUACAGAAUUUCAGCUCCCAGCGGAGUCCUUGCAAUAGCUCACUGCCGCAGGACAGCAGGAGGCUGGCCAGCCUCAUUGGCCAGGAGGUGAUCCUCGUCUUCUUCCUCCUGCUUUUGCUGGUCUGGUUCCUGAACCGGGAGUUCGAGGUCAGCUACCGCCUCCACUAUCAUGGCGACGUGGAGGCAGAUCUCCACCGCACCAAGAUCCAGAGCAUGCGGGACCAAGCCGACUGGCUGCUGCGGAACAUCAUCCCCUACCACGUGGCUGAGCAGCUGAAGGUAUCCCAGACCUACUCCAAGAACCACGACAGCGGAGGAGUGAUCUUUGCCAGCAUUGUCAACUUCAGCGAGUUCUACGAGGAGAACUACGAAGGGGGCAAGGAGUGUUACCGGGUCCUCAACGAGCUGAUUGGGGACUUUGACGAGCUCCUGAGCAAGCCGGACUAUAGCAGCAUUGAGAAGAUCAAGACCAUUGGGGCCACGUACAUGGCGGCGUCGGGGCUGAACACCACCCAGUGCCAGGAUGGCAGCCACCCACAGGGGCACCUGCAGAUCCUGUUCGAGUUCGCCAAGGAGAUGAUGCGCGUGGUGGAUGACUUCAACAACAACAUGCUGUGGUUCAACUUCAAGCUCAGAGUUGGCUUCAACCACGGGCCACUCACAGCCGGCGUCAUCGGCACCACCAAGCUGCUAUAUGACAUCUGGGGGGACACCGUCAACAUUGCCAGCAGGAUGGACACCACUGGCGUCGAGUGCCGCAUCCAGGUGAGUGAAGAGAGCUACCGCGUCCUGAGCAAGAUGGGCUACGACUUUGACUACCGAGGGACAGUGAAUGUCAAGGGCAAAGGUCAGAUGAAGACCUACCUUUACCCCAAGUGCACGGACAAUGGGGUCGUGCCACAGCACCAGCUGUCCAUCUCCCCAGACAUCCGCGUGCAGGUGGAUGGCAGCAUCGGCCGGUCUCCCACAGACGAGAUUGCCAACCUGGUGCCUUCUGUCCAGUAUUCGGACAAGACGUCUCUGGUCUCUGAUAACAACACGCAGGCCAAGGACGCCCACCCAUCCUCGAAGAGAGCCUGGAAAGAGCCCGGCAAAGCUGAAGAAAGGUGUCGAAUUGGCAAAGCCAUAGAGAAAAAUGACUGUGAAGAGCUGGGAAUGGAAGAAGCUGACGAGCUCACCAAGCUCAGCGUUUGAGAGCAGGCAGCACAGGCUGCCCCGGUGCUCUGCGCGCCCAUCAGGCUUUCUCAGGUGCCGCUGUUUCUGUCCCUGGACGUGGUGUUAUGUGGUCAUUUCAGCCCCAACUUCUGUGUUAUCACAGUCAUUCAGGUUCAUUUCCACCUGUUUCUUCUUUCCUUUGCUUCCUUCUUGGGGUGAUCAGUCCAGCCACAUUGAGGAGAGCAAGUGCCUUCAAGGCUUGGCCUUGGCCUUGGCCUCGAGUCUAGGGACUGAGGCCGCUGGUGGAAGUCAUGGCUUUGCAUAUUGUCUGAAUUUUAAAACAAAAGCUAUGGUUAAGAUGUCAUUUUUAUUGCUUUUUCUCACAGGACACUUUUUUUUUGGCCAAUACAAUGUUUUUGAAUUUAUUUUUUCUGCAUACAUCAUAGUGUUUCCCAGUUCCCUGACCUCUCUCUGUAAGCACAGACAUGCACGCACACUUGCAUUUAUCGACCUGACAUCAAGUGCCAGUAAUUCACCCAGAGGGGACAUGCCAGCAGCGCGUGGGAAGAGCGCUCUGCCCCGCAGGCCCUGGCUCACCCGCAUGGUCCCAAGCAGUCCAGCCCUCAGAGGCUGGCAGGGACUGUGCCCCUGACAGUGAGUGGUAUCAGGGGCUCCUUCAUGUGCAGGCCCAGAUCGCAAAUGCCCCCUGCGCACAAAGCUUGGGAACCCAGCCUCAGGUCUCUCAAAGCCGUUUUUCACCCUGACCCUCUGCCUAGGAGUUCUUCCAUGCUGGAGCGAAGGUGUUUGUCUUGGAAGCUAACCCGUCUGAGGGGGAAAUGCCAAAUAAACGUCUGAGGGUCGCAUUUAUUUAUUUAUUUAUUUAUCAGGAGAUGUGUGCAUUUCAGGGAGGGGGUGCUGGGUCAUUCUAGUGGAGGGAAAUAGGCUAUGGGGGGUGGUUCCCAGAACGAUGACAAGAUGUCCCUCAGUGUUUCGGCCACCUGGGGCCACUCCCCCCACAAGGGCCCUGAGCCAUGUCCAGUGCACUUUGGAGGUCGGGGAAGCUCUCCAGCUGCUCCUGCCUGAGUGGAUCUGGAUGGAAUUCCGGCCAUGCACCAAGCAGGUCUGGGCAGGCAUUGCCAGUGCUGUCUCGGCUUCCACAAAUUCCAGAAGUUUCUCCAUCCUUCCCACUCUUGGACUGCAGAAGGCCUAUUUGUGGCGGGAUUGAAUCUUGUCAACUAAUUCCAGCCUCUUGAGGCAGAAUCCUUACACUGUAUUUAGAGACAGAAUCAUCUGCAUGUGAAUGAGGUAUGGAGCUGGGGGAGGUGUAGGAAACCUAAGGAAAAGUGCUCUGUCCUCGUGGUCACUAAUCCUGUUUGUGAUGAUGUUUUACCGCAUCAAGUCUGAAGUUCACAUCAAAUUGAGCUCAGGCGAAAGUUGCCCGGUCACAGCCGCAGUCAUUUUCUCAGGCGACGAUCGGCGAGGCAGGCUUCUUGUCUGUUGAAGGUCUUCACUGCAUGCCCCACACGUCUUCCUUCCACUGGUAAAUCUCACUGUGUAAUGUUCCCAUCCCCAUUAAGUCCCUUGUCACUUCUCCCCAAAGACGUGCCGAGCCUGCGUUUUGGUGCAAGAAACAUCCAUUCUGAUCAGCCACCUGUCCAGGGGACGUGCCUGGGAUGGCUACCCGUGUGCAGCUGGUCUCGGGGUAGGGGCAAGAACAUUCUCAGUAGCUGUAAGAUUGUACUUCAGGUGUUACUGUCAGUUUGUCAGUCUUCCAAUACCUAAGAAAGGCUGGUUGUGCCAAUACCUCUUGCUUCUGAAGAAUGUAUUCUUAUAAAAUACCGCAGAUUUUUUUUCCUUAAAAAACACUACCUGAUGCUUUCCUUGCACUUAGGGGGUGUGGACAUGUUAGGGUUUCUUUCCCGUCAGUAUUAAAGUGUGCAUCCAAGCGUCCUCCUGUCCUCUGCCUGCAGGCUGUGUAGCUCCGCGGGGCCGAGUGGUUGUGAUGUCUUUGCUGUCUCGCUCCAGAUGUGCUCCACGAAGUUCAUCUCGCACACACUUCUGCCCUACCAGAAGCUCUCCUUCCCCCACAACAGAGGUGUGUGCGUUCCUCACCCUGGGAGCCCACAGAGCUGCACACCCAAGGGAGAAGUCCUUUACCUCGGGGGCUUGGGCUAGUGCUGGGCAGACAGGAGCCUCUGAGGAAGGGAGCUCACCCAGAGUGUGAAACCAUCUUUAAAAACAUCCUGAGCCUUCCUAGAUAACCAGUCCAGAUGUCCUAUCUGGACCACGAGGCCCCUGGGGCCCUUCCCAGCCCCUGCCUUGAAGCGCACCUCAAUGCAGAACCACUGUGUGGCCCAACCUGUUGGCGUUGAAUAAAUGCUUGCUGGGGACAGACAGGUUUCUAAGCAGCAGGCUCGAGAGUCAUCAGUGGGAGGGACGCGUUCCUCAGGGUGGCAGCACCUCCUAGGAACUUAGGGCAGGAAGCAAUACUUCAGAAUUGAAUGUGUGUAAAUAGUUGCUUCAAGUUGCAUCUGCUAUUUUCUUAUCUCCAGCUCAGAUCAAAUUAUAUAUAUAUAUGAUAAACAAGCACACGUAAUUCUAUCUAGUACAGACCAGUGUAGCGCGUCGGCUUUGAAACCCUUCAAUAGCUCGAGAGUCCCACAGAUGGUGACACAUCUGCACCCGACUGUCACCACCAACAUCCCUCCUGAGGACGACACCUGCAUAUUUGUACCUGACACACAGAGCCAAAGGCCACGUGCUUCCCACCACCAAGGCCAUAAUCAUUUGUAGUUUUCAAAGACACGUCUGCAGUUGAAUUUCUAGAUUUUGGAGGUAAGCAUUUGUUGAUUGGUUGUUUUGAAAAUUAUAUCAUGCCUAGCGCCUGGAAUUAAAUGAGCAAGAACCAGCUAUUUGCAUUUUCCAUCUUUCCGUCGUCCUGCUCUUUCUAAAUUGUUACUUCUAAUAAUUUAAAAAUGCGUUCACUGAAGAAAUGGACAUUAAAAUAUUCUAAAAAUCUA